UCAGCACGAAUUGUCACGACCAAAAAGUCGUGUGAAAAUCAAAAAUUUACGCUGGAAUUUCGGAGAACGGAGGAUAAUAGUGACCAAGAAGACAACUGCGAGUGGUUCACCACCAACGAGAGGACACGUCUGCUGCCCGGGAAGAGCGGCAAAUCGGGAAACUCUGGGUUGCGGCCGAAAAUCCGGCAAUUGACUUCUAAUCUGCUCAACGUGGAGGAGGUUCGCAACAUUGCACGCAGCCUACGUCAAACCAAUUACCAGAAGCUGAGCCAGCAGGACAAGAACUACCAGGACAUUCGUAGAAACCCAAAGACCAUGUCGGCACCUUCAACCUCUGUGGGCGAUGCUGCGGCCGCCCUGUCCGGCAAUCUUCAGCUGCCGCCCCUCCGGACACUCGAUGACUUCAUCCUGGGAUCGGCUCGAUUCCAGCUGCCCAACCUCAAGGACUUCGAGAAGUGGAGCAACCGAGUGGUGAAGAAUCUGCUGUACUAUCAGACCAACUACUUUCUGCUCUUCCUUACCAUCUACGUUCUGAUGAUAUUCUUCAACCCCGCGAAGAUUAUCACUGGUCUGCUGGUUCAGGCUUUGAUUAUCGCCGUGAUCUGGCAGUUCUUCAGUGGCAAGUCGAAGAAGAACUUCAUCGCCAGUCGUCUGACCGGCGGAAACGCCAAUGCAGCUGAGCAGAACGCCCAGCAGAAGUGGUACAUCCUGGCUGGAGCUCUCCUUGGCGGAUAUCUUCUCCUCCAUCUGCUCAGCGCCGUGUUCCUGACGGCCUUCACCGUCCUGCUGCCCAGCGCAGUGACCUUCAUCCACGCCUCCUUGCGAUUGCGAAACAUUAAGAACAAGCUGACCAACAGCAUCGAGAGUUUCGCUCCCUCCACGCCCAUGGGUUCCCUGUUUGAUGCCCUAAAUGUUCGGGCCGAUGGGGUGUUCAAUUAGGCACAGCCACACGUGUAGACCCGUUUGUCACAGUUGGAAAUAAUGUUUUUAUCGCUAGUUAUCCCUGACAAUGUUGAUCUUUGCAAACAAAAUCCCUGUAUUAUAAUAAUCGAUUUGAUCUUUAUUUUUGUAUUGAACUAUGAUUUUAUUACCAAUAUACGCUGCUCUUAAAAAUGUCAAUAAAGUUUUCCCAGGAAA